AUGAAGUUCAUUGUGGAGCACAUGGAAGACGGCAUGCACGAAUGGUGCACUCUCGAGUACCGCCACAUGAUUCAAAUUUGCGGUGCAGACGACAUGUACUUUUCCGGCUUGACUGAAAACGUCCUCAACAACUGCAUGCCCGAAGACCUUAAGCAAGCUCAUUGCCACCAAGAAGACGUUAUGCACUUGCCCGGUGUUGACCCCAGCGAAGUAUGCUUGUUGGAUCCUUCAGCCACUGAACCCCUUAAGCCCGAGGAUGGUGAAAAGUUCAAGUACAUGUUGUUUGGUGGUAUCCUUGGUGAUGAUCCCCCACGUGAUCGUACCAAGGAACUUCGUAAACUCGGCUUUGCUGGAAGACAUCUUGGUCCCAUUCAAAUGUCAACCGACACCGCUGUCAAUGUAGCCAGACGUGUGGCUGUGGAUAAAGUGCCUCUUGAUGAGAUCCCUUACAUUGAUAGCCCCGAGAUCUACUUUUCCAAGCAUGAAUCCGUCAACAUGCCCUACCGUUAUAUCGCCAUCACCAAAACCAUCACCACCAAGGAUGGUCAAGAGAAGACUAUCAAGAAACCAUUGAUGCCCCCAGGCAUGUUGGAGCUGAUCAAAAAGGACAGCGAGCGUACUUUGGACUUUUAG